AUGCCACCCGCAGGGAAUCUCAAAGCCCACAAGCCCACAAGCCCACUUGGAAGCCGAAGUCCCUCAAGCUCUCCCCGCAUUCUCAACUUCUCCAUAAUGGGCCGCCCCAAGGUAAACCCGGAAAACCGCCUGCGCGCCAAUACAGCAUGCACGAAAUGCAGAGCCUCCAAGAAGCGAUGCAGUGGCUCAUUCCCAUGUACCAAUUGCACCCGCAAGGGACUUGCCCGCACUUGCAUCCCUUUUAAACCUAUAUCGGAGACCAGCCCUAGCAGCCACACGGACCAAACGCCUCGAGAAAGAUUGAAUACCAUUCCAGCGUGGAACAAUCCGAGUGAAGCAUCGGAAACACAGUUCGCUCAGCCUCGUGCUGCAAGCCCGUCCGACCGUCUGUUGGAGCGCCCAGCCGCAGCGGGCUCACGUUCGCCUGAGGCAACACAUCGUACGCAUCCGCGGAUGCUGCGUAAUUUGCAGGGAGAUAGAGAGAGCUGCACUAUAGAAGAUAAGCGCCGUUUUAUUUCAAACUUCCAUGCAGUGACAAGUGGUUUUCUCUACCUGGGAUGUGACACCGAAACUCUAUUGGCCGAAACUACAGAGCCCAAAACGGAUCGAGAAAAGACUCACGCUGCCAUUGCGGAUUUGAUGAUUGCCAUUGGCGCUCAGUCAUGUUUAAAUGAGCCCAACAUAGUUCGGAUUGAGCGCUUUUUCAUUACUCGAGGACAGCGCAGGACAUUUGCCAAUUUUCUAGAAGACCCAAGCAUGGAUUUAGUUCGAGUGUUUCUACUUAUGUCGUUUUAUAUGUUCGGGGCUUGUCGUCGGAAUGCCGCAUUCAUGUAUUUGGGUGUUGCGGCUCGGUCUGCCGUUGCUCUGGGGUUACACGAAGAUUCCUCAGGAUUGGGUCAACAUGAACAGCAAGAAAGCUCUAUUUUGGGUCGACCUGCAGCUACAUCGGCACUCCUACCGGAUCAGCGAGAUGAUACUCGACAGACAAAUACAGCGGGAGAAGAUGGCUUAUUUGCCUCAUACCGUCUUUCCUUGAUUUUGAAUGAGAUUAUUGGGCGCUUGUACGGUGACCAGACGGCCUCGAUUGAAAAGGCUGAAAUAUUGCUUGGCAAGUUGAAUCGAUGGAGCGAACACUUGCCGGAUUCACUGCGCACCCAGGCUGAAAAUGAAAUCCCCGAUGACGCACAAAAACGAGUCAUCGGCAACAUGCAUGUGGCUUGUUUAUACCACUUUGCAAUUAUCCUUCUUACGCGCCCCUUCCUUAUUUCCACACUGAGUGUGCGCCUGGCACGAGUACACCAGAGUUUUUCAACAAAUGAAACAAACGAUUCACCUGAAGAAGAUCCAGCACACUCCCGGCUCGCAGCAGCCUGUAUUGAUUCUGCUGUUUAUAUGCUUCAAACAUGCCUUGAACUCCACCAAUCUGAGCUACUCCUGCACAACAUGUGUAUUCUGAAGGCAUUUGUCUUUGCGGCAGCCUUAGUAUUGGGAUUCUCCAUGUUUGCUCAUCGGGAUGUGGACUCCGAAAUCGACAGCGCAUUCAAAGGCGCCCUGACCAUUCUGCGCAUGUUGGCUCAGCAAUCUGCACAAGCAGCCCACUACUUGGAGAUUCUGACUCUUCUUGAAGCCGCUAUUACCCAGCAACGGCAGCGUCUAGCAUCCCAAGCCCGCCAACGCAGGAGCCAAUACGUGAGUCGGAUAUUCAGCUUAAAUGAUAGCCCCACCGUGCGGACUGCGCAGAAGCAGGAUGAGAACCGAGCCGAUAAUGCAGCUUCACUAUCAGCACAAGGUGGCCCACUGCUUUCCUGGAUUCCACAAGGAGACAGCCAACCCCUAUUUACUCCCCCAGUAUUAGAAGGCGCAUUUUUGGACUGGGAAGGAAUGGAGCUACCUCUGUGGGAUAGCUUUCCUUUUACCGAGCCAGGUUCAUGCGUUCUAUAA